GGCCGGCCGCUUCCUUUCUGUCGCAUUCGGGAGCGGGAGACCGGGCGGUAAGGAAGGAAGGGAAGAAGGGAGGAAGGCAGGAAAGAGGGCGACGGUGCCCCUUCUUCUUCUACCUCUCCCUCCUCCUCCUCCUCCGGGGCGAUGAUGAAGGGCGCCCUGGCCAGCCCCACCGCGGCCCUGCAGGAGACCUUCGGCUGCGCCGUCGCCAACCGCUUCCACCAGCUCCUGGACGACGAGUCAGACCCCUUCGACAUCCUCCGCGAGGCGGAGCGCAGGAAGCAGCACGCCAAGAAGGCGGCGGAGGAGGCGGCGGGGAGGCCCGGCCCCGGAGGAGCCGCCGCUUCCUCUGCUGCCAAGAGGGAAUCCCAGAAGGAGAGGAAGCUCCUGCAGCCGGAGAGCCCCCCUGCGCCCGUCCAGAAACGAGCUCCAAAAAGAGGAGAACAGCAGGGAUGGAAUGAAAGCAGAGGUACAGAGGUGAAGCAGGAUAAAGCUGAAUGGAGACCUUUCAGGGAAUUCCGUCCUCAUGAGCCUGAAAGACAAGCAGAGUUAACACUUGAGAGGCCAAUGGACCGAUUUGAUCGGGAAAGGCCAAUGAGAGGUCGUGGGGGCGGAAGAGGUGGAAUGCGAGGAAGAGGAAGAGGUGGAAUGAAUAGAACUUUCAAUGGCUUUGAUCAGAGAGGGAAAAGGGAAUUUGACCGACAGAGUGGAAGCGAUAAAACAGGUGUCCGAGGUGAUGAGAAACGGGGUGGAAGUGGACCUCGCAACUGGGGAUCAGUUAAGGAUGAUAUGAGUGAGCUGGAACAGACAGCUCCUAUGGAAGAGUCUGCAGAGAUGGAAGAGAACCCAGCACCACCUGAAGGAGAUGCUCCAACCAAAAUUGCUGAAGGAGAGCCAGUGGAAGAAGUAGUUCAAGAGAUGACGUUGGAUGAAUGGAAAAAUCUCCAGGAACAAAACCGUCCAAAGCCUGAAUUCAACAUCCGGAAGCCUGAAACCACUGUUCCUUCCAAAGCAGUGGUAAUUCACAAGUCAAAAUAUAGAGAUGAUGUGAAGGAAGAUUUUGAGGAUGAUUCUCACUUUUUCCGAAAAUCAGCAAACGAUAUCACUUCUCAGCUGGACAUUAAUUUUGGAAAUCUCCCUCGUCCUGGACGUGGAGCUAGAGGAGCACGAGGAGGUCGUGGGCGCGUCCGUAGAGUUGAGGAUUCUGGACCCAGGCCGGAAGUGAUGAUGAACAUCACUGUUCCAAAUCCUGAUGACCCUGAGGAUUUUCCUGCUUUAGCUUGAGAGUAUAGAAUGACACCUUCAAAAUUAGCCAUGAAGAUACCAACUCAGCAUUGCUAUGGGAAAUGAUCGAACUUUACAGAGAGAAAUGACUUUUGUGUGUGAAUUUUGCACUUCUAUUGUGUUAAGAGCCUAGACAUAUCCUGUGGGCUAGGAGGCAAGGUCCAGCACCACUUGUUUUUGGAUUAGCUGUGUGAAGGCUUAUGGUACCAUACAUGAGGGAUUUCAAAUAAAAGUUCGAGAUGAUGGUGUCAAAGAUGUACAGAAA